AUGGACGGGACGGGCGCGGACGGAGAAAACAAGGAGCGGGCGGCCGGAAAACUGAGUAAGGGUGAUGAGUGCCAGGAUGAGGAGGGCAACGUGUUGCAGUGUAAGGAGCACUUUGUGGUGGAUCAUGAGCACCCAGGUCAGUCAGGGUCCCCUGAACACUGUGAGAGUCAUUACCUUGGUGGGACUGAAAAGGAGGCAAAGGAGAAAAAAAGUACCAACAGAAGUGGAAUGUCCGCCGAGAAAGCACCAAGUGGAAUCCCUGGAGCUCCCUGCAGGCAGGAUGAGGGUGGCCCAGCUACUUGCCAGUCAUCCAAAUGUGCUGAAGCCCAGCAGUCCUACAAGGUGUCUUCAGUCUUGGAAUCCAGAAGUAGCCACGAUGCAACCAAGGAGGAGGGAAAAGAGGAAGAGGAGAAAAAAGCCUUACUUGAGAAUCCAGACAUCCUACCACCGGUCAGGAAGAAGUCCCGCACCUCCUACAAUGCAGAGCAGCUAGAAGAGUUGGAGAAGGUGUUCCAGGAAGACCCCUAUCCCGACACUGAGAAGAAGAUGGAGCUUGCAGCUGCGUUUGGUGUGAUGCCAAAGCGAAUCCUGAUCUGGUUUCAGAAUCGCAGGGCAAAGUGGCGGAAAUCGGAGAAGCUGAAUGCGAAAGGCCACAGAAAACAUCCAACAUCGUCACCUCUGUCACAUGAUUAUGGGUGGGGGACCUACUCUGUUUUCUCAUCUUUCCACAACAGGGCACCUCCUCUGCCUGUGCCUCCGUUGCCUGAUGUUGCUCGUGACCAAUCUGCCGUGCUGGGAGGAAACGCUGCAGCUGGGAACUGCUCCAGCCUGCUCAGAGCACAGCUUGCACCACUCUCCUCUGCCUCAGCCUCCUCCGUGGCAGGAACAGUGGCAUCUUGUGAAGAAGUUCAGGCAAAGAUGUCGCUACAGCUCGGCUUCAACUGCAGCAGAGUGGACAGCUUCAACUCCAGCAGAGUGGACAGCUUCAACUCCAACAGAGUGGACAGCUUCAACUCCAACAGAGUGGACAGCUUCAACUCCAACAGAGUGGACAGCUUCAACUCCAACAGAGUGGACAGCUUCAACUCCAGCAGAGUGGACAGCUUCAACUCCAGCAGAGUGGACAGCUUCAACUCCAGCAGAGUGGACAGCUUCAACUCCAGCAGAGUGGACAGCUUCAACUCCAGCAGAGUGGACAGCUUCAACUCCAGCAGAGUGGACAGCUUCAACUCCAGCAGAGUGGACAGCUUCAACUCCAGCAGAGUGGACAGCUUCAACUCCAGCAGAGUGGACAGCUUCAACUCCAGCAGAGUGGAGUGCUUCCCGAGCCUUCCCGGCCCUCCUCCCGUCCGCAGGGCCACCAACCUGUCCUUCAACCCCCACAGCCCUGCUGUUUCCAUGGCGCUGGACACUCCCAACAGUGAAUGCUGGUUGUCCAGUCAGGAAAAUGGCUCCAGGGAGGCCUUCACUUACAACAUCCAGAAUCAAGGCUUUAGUCCACCACCCUCCUGCCAUUACCCUGAGCAGCUGGAGACUGCAGGGAACCUGGAGACCACGUACUGCCAGUCCAGCAGCCAGGGGGGAAUUUACCAGCUGUCCCAAUAUUCCCAGCAGCACCAGCUCUCCCAGUUCUGCCAACUGCCAGAUGACUUGGCCACCAGUUUGCUCUCCAGUGACCAACUCCCUCCUCCAACACCCCCUGAGUCCCAUUCAGCUUUCCUGGCCUUACCUGGUAACACUGGAGCAGUAACCUAUGGAGCCACACAAGGCUAUGGACAAAACCACAUGGAGGGACAGCUUGUGCCGCAGCAGUCAAGUGGAAUCUCAGACACCACUGCCUAUCAGGCUGUCCCUUGGAGUGAUUUCUACAUGCAGGAAGCUCAGUUCUCAAAUCAGCUGCACUCCCAAAUGCCAUUUUUUAGCACAGCAGAAGGACAGAACUUCACAGAGCCAUCUCUUCUUCAAGUGCCCAAUGGAACAGCACUGGGAUCCAUGUCACAGGCUGGAAAGCAAAAGGGAGUCACACCAGAUCAGAGUUCAAACCAGAGCCACCAAACAGAGCCAGAGUUGGCAUGGCCAUGGCUCGCUGAAAGAGAGAUGAUGUAGAGUGUUGUAACAAGAAAGGAGACACCACUGUUGGUAACUGAAAGGCCAGCUGAUUUUUUUUUUGGGGGGGGGGAAAGGAAAGAAUUCCAAGACAGCAGUAGCUCCUAUGAAUGCAGGAUCAAAACUGUAGCAUGAAUGGGAAUGGAACUUCCUUUUUUCUGGUCUGCCAUCCGAGGCUGGUCUCGUUAUCCUGUACCUGGUUCUUAGAUUCAUCUGUUCAUAGAAAGGGGGACUUAGAAGUCAGUAAAAUAGAUGCCAAAGUUCUGUCUUCUCUCAGACAACAUCUGUUGUGAGCUGAAUGGCUGCACAGGACUGAUAAUUUCUAAGAUUUCCAGAGGUAUAAACACCUCUCUUCAAGGCAGAACUUCUUCAGCACGAGAGGGGAAAAGGGAAGAGAAGAGAGAGCUUUCUGUCUGGAUUUCCAUUUCCAGGCUUUUUCUUUUUUGGAAACAAGAUUAUCCUACUUUCAAAUGGUUGAAAGGUGUCAUAUGCCUUAAAUAUUCUUUGGAUGUGUAUGGGGGUAUAUGUGUGUCUAAUUUUGAAAUAUGAGACAUUUGAAAAAUCCAAAGUAUUUUGUUCUAUAGUUUUCCAUUGUC